UGAUGAGGCAGAGGAGCAACACUAGCUGUCAAAAAUGGCAGUGAGGGGGGCUCAUAGAGUGUGUCGUGCCCGAGUGCCCCCCUAAAAUCUGGAGCUACCGCGGGAUCACUCUUUCCUGUAAGUCCUCGGAGGCAGGAGACCAAAUGACAAGAAAGAGGGAGACGUAAAAAGGAAAAAAUCUGUAGCCCGGAGGGAACAAGUGGCUCUCGGCACAAGCCAGGCGGAACUUUGACGCACCCUCCUCUCCCUUCUCCUGCCCUGCAGGCGAAGGCUGCAAGACAGAGUCUGUCGCGCGCGAUCAGGCUCCCUUACCUAGGCCCAGCUUUCUGAAUCUCGCGCUCGGCUAUCGGCUCGCCGUGCCUGCUCCUCCUCCUCUUCUUCCUUGGAUUCCUGUCUUCAAUCCGUGGAGUCGGUGUUCGAUUCUGCGCCGCUGAGACUUGAGCGGGGGACAGAAUCAAGAUGGCGGACAAGACGCCUGGCGGUUCGCAGAAGGCCAGUGGGAAGCCCAGGCCGCCAGACACAACACGUUCCACUGUCUCUCCAGAGACUCAUCCACUUUUAGAAAGCAAGCUUAAAGCAUUCAGUAUUGGCAAGAUGAGUGCUGCCAAGAGAACUUUAAGUAAGAAGGAACAGGAAGAAUUGAAAAAGAAGGAGGAUGAGAAAGCAGCUGCAGAAAUUUAUGAAGAGUUCCUCGCCGCUUUUGAAGGAAGUGAUGGCAAUAAGGUGAAGACAUUUGUCAGAGGAGGCAUUGUUAAUGCAUCUAAAGAAGAACAUGAAACUGAUGAAAAGCGAGGAAAAAUCUACAAACCUUCAUCAAGAUUUGCAGAUCAAAAAAAUCAGCAAAAUCAGUCAUCCUCUAAUGAGAGGCCUCCUUCACUUCUAAUAAUAGACACCAAAAAGCCGCCUUUGAAGAAGGGGGAGAAAGAAAAGAAAAAGAGCAAUUUGGAGCUUUUUAAAGAAGAACUAAAACAAAUUCAAGAAGAGCGUGAUGAAAGACAUAAAACCAAAGGUAGAUUAAGUCGUUUUGAGCCACCUCAAUCAGAUUCUGAUGGCCAGCGCCGUUCCAUGGAUGCACCUUCAAGAAGAAACAGAUCUUCGGGUGUAUUGGAUGACUAUGCUCCAGGAUCACAUGAUGUAGGAGAUCCAAGUACAACAAAUUUGUACCUAGGAAACAUUAAUCCCCAGAUGAAUGAAGAGAUGUUAUGUCAAGAAUUUGGACGCUUUGGGCCUCUAGCAAGUGUCAAAAUUAUGUGGCCAAGAACGGAUGAAGAAAGAGCAAGAGAGAGGAAUUGUGGAUUUGUUGCAUUCAUGAAUAGGAGAGAUGCUGAACGUGCAUUAAAGAAUUUAAACGGCAAGAUGAUCAUGUCUUUUGAAAUGAAACUAGGCUGGGGCAAAGCUGUUCCUAUUCCUCCACAUCCUAUAUACAUUCCUCCUUCAAUGAUGGAGCAUACUCUCCCACCACCACCUUCGGGACUGCCAUUUAAUGCUCAGCCCAGAGAGAGAUUGAAGAACCCUAAUGCUCCAAUGUUGCCACCACCAAAAAACAAGGAGGAUUUUGAGAAGACUCUGUCGCAAGCCAUAGUCAAAGUGGUUAUCCCAACAGAAAGGAAUUUGCUUGCGCUGAUACAUCGAAUGAUAGAGUUUGUGGUGCGUGAAGGACCUAUGUUUGAAGCCAUGAUUAUGAACAGAGAAAUCAACAAUCCAAUGUUCAGGUUUUUAUUUGAGAACCAGACUCCAGCCCAUGUAUACUACAGAUGGAAGCUUUAUUCAAUUCUGCAGGGUGAAUCGCCAACCAAAUGGAGGACUGAAGACUUCCGUAUGUUUAAAAAUGGAUCAUUUUGGAGACCACCUCCUUUAAAUCCAUAUCUCCAUGGGAUGUCAGAAGAACAAGAGCCUGAAGCAUUUGUAGAGGAACCUAGCAAGAAGGGUGCACUUAAGGAGGAACAGAGGGACAAGUUAGAGGAAAUCCUGCGUGGGUUAACACCGCGUAAGAAUGAUAUUGGAGAUGCAAUGGUUUUCUGUCUUAAUAAUGCUGAAGCUGCUGAAGAAAUUGUAGACUGCAUUGCUGAGUCACUGUCCAUCUUGAAGACUCCACUUCCUAAAAAGAUUGCAAGAUUAUAUUUGGUGUCUGAUGUGCUGUACAAUUCUUCUGCAAAAGUUGCCAAUGCUUCAUAUUACAGAAAAUUUUUUGAGACAAAACUAUGCCAGAUAUUCUCUGAUUUGAAUGCUACCUAUCGAACAAUACAAGGCCAUUUACAGUCUGAAAACUUUAAGCAACGGGUAAUGACAUGCUUCAGAGCAUGGGAAGACUGGGCGAUUUAUCCAGAACCAUUUUUGAUCAAACUGCAGAAUAUUUUCUUGGGGCUUGUAAAUAUUAUUGAAGAAAAGGAAGUAGAGGAAGUACCUGAUGAUCUUGAUGGAGCCCCCAUUGAGGAAGAGCUUGAUGGUGCUCCUCUAGAAGAUGUGGACGGAAUUCCUAUUGAUGUCGCUCCGAUUGACGAUCUUGAUGGAGUCCCUAUUAAAUCGCUUGAUGAUGACCUUGAUGGUGUACCUUUGGAUGCUUCUGAAGAGUCUAAAAAGAAUGAGCCAAUUUUCAAAGUUGCCCCUUCGAAGUGGGAAGCAGUGGAUGAAUCUGCACUUGAAGCUCAAGCGGUAACAACAUCUAAAUGGGAGCUAUUUGAUCAACAUGAGGAAUCUGAAGAGGAAGAAAAUCAAAACCAAGAAGAAGAAAGUGAAGAUGAGGAGGAUACUCAAAGUUCUAAAUCAGAAGAGCAUCACAUGUAUUCCAAUCCAAUCAGAGAAGAAAUGUCAGAUUCAAAAUCUUCAAGCAAAUACUCAGAAAUGAGUGAGGAAAAGCGUGCCAAACUCAGAGAGAUUGAGCUCAAGGUAAUGAAGUUUCAAGAUGAGUUAGAAUCUGGAAAAAGACCCAAGAAACCAGGCCAGAGUUUUUCAGAACAGGUUGAACACUACCGUGAUAAACUACUCCAGAGAGAAAAGGAAAAGGAGCUGGAGAGGGAAAGGGAAAGAGACAAGAAGGACAAAGAGAAAUUUGAAUCCAGAUCAAAAGAGAAGAAGGAGAAAGAAGAAUGUACACCAACAAGGAAAGAAAGGAAAAGGCGACACAGCACAUCACCUAGUCCAUCCCGCAGCAGUGGAAGUAGGCGAGCAAAAUCACCAUCACCAAAAUCAGAACGCUCGGAGCGAUCAGAAAGAUCCCACAAAGAAAGCUCACGCUCCAGGUCGUCUCACAAGGAUUCUCCCAGAGAUGCUAGUAAAAAACCCAAAAGGUCACCAUCCGGCUCAAGGACACCCAAAAGAUCAAGAAGGUCACGAUCCAGGUCUCCUAAAAAGUCAGGGAAAAAAUCCAGAUCUCAGUCCCGCUCUCCACACAGAUCCCACAAAAAGUCAAAGAAGAGCAAACACUGACAAACUCUUAAUUUUUAUGCUGUCACUUACUGGAAAUGCGGUUUUGUUUUUGUGCCUGAAGAGUCUGUUUAAAAAACAAAACAAAAAAGCAUUCCUAAUUUUUUUGUGAAUGCACGUGUAUACUCAUGAGUAACUGCAUCGCUAGACCUGUCAUUGUUUUAUAUUGUACAAAAUACUUUCAUUGUGGCUACUUCCCAGGAAGAAAUUUUGUGUUUAGAAACAUCAUCUGAAAUGUGUGUAACUGAUCUGCUGGCAGUAGUGAUAUUUUGUUUUAGAAUGUUGUGAGUUAGGAAAAAAACACACAAACACUUGUUACCCUCCUCUCCCCUUUUUGUAGCUUUGACAACUUGAAUUAGAUUUCAAAUAAAAUCUGAGAAGAAAAUGUAAAAAAUUGUGUUUUCUUGCCCCUCUGACACUGAUUUCCUCCCCAAGCCAUAGUUUGCCAACACACAGGGCUGCAGGUAUGUUGGGAUUUAUCUCAUCUAUAUUGGCAAUAUAUUUUACCUAACAUAGGAACACUUUGUCGUGCAUAUGUUCUUAAAUGUUCUGAGCUUUAGCUUGAAUUUCCAGGCAUAGCCUGCAGGCACCUUGAGGAGCCUUAUCCUCUGCCUGCCUCACUUUCUUAACUUAUAGCCUGGCAGCCAGAAUGAGUGUAGAUAGUUCUUUCCAGAAACAUCAGGUCUGCUUCUUCCACACCUACAAAACUAGGUGAUAUGAUUGUUUGCUGGAGAGAGACAACCACUGUUGCAGUUCCUUGUCUGGUGCUAUAGAUACUUGAGCAAAAAAAUACAGUGUGGCAGAAAAGAAGGGUGGUGGGUAUAAGGGAUCCCAAAUGCACAUUUAGGUGUUGGCCUAUGGUCUCUUCUAUUUGCUCAUAAACUUUCUCUUGACACCAUAAAUCUCUUGAGUCACUCAUAACAGCAGCAUCACAAAUGAUUAGACUUCGAUUUUAAAUUUCAACCAAAUGCAUUAGGGCAGUUUUAGUACACAUUUCUGGAAAUGAGAAGGCUGAUUUCUACUAUCCAAACUCUUCACGCAUGCUGUAUUUUCCCUUCAUCUCAGAUGUGAAACUUGCUGUUUGCAUCUGAAAUGCACAUGGUUCUUCAUUGAAUGUGAAGUCCACUCGGUUGUCCUCUUAGGUGAAAUGGUAUUGAAGCCACAGUAUUAAGUGUGUUAAUUACUUUUCAUGAAAGAAGUGACAAGAGAACAAAUCAUAUUUCCCCUUACAACAAAUACUGUCAGAAUGGUCAUAACUCUAAAAUGCACAUCAUGAAUUGUCUUUAUAAAGUGGAUUUUAUUCCAGAAGGUGACCUUGUAAAUGCAUUUUUGUAUUGAAUUCCUCCUUUGACUGUGAAAAUUGUUGAAAGAGUAGCAGAAAUUAGAUUUUUUUUAACUUGUAUCUUUUUCUAAUAUACUUGUAUUCUUCUUUCUCCCCCCCCCCCAUUUUUGGAUGCCCUUUUGUUUUAAACCUGUUUUUUCGCGUUUGGCAUUGAUAUAACAUAGCACCUCCUCUGGGUCACUUAACUUUUUUUCCAUGAAAGAAAAGUCACAAAGGUUCACUGUUUGUUUCCUGGAGGAGUGGGCAGAUUGUAAUAAAAAUGCAAAGUUUAAAAGGGA